GGUUGUGUUUAUAAUCAUACAAGAUGAAUUGGAGCAAUGAAAAUGUUAUCGAAUUUUUAGAGUUACUACAAGGUGAACCGUGUAUAUGGAAUCCAAAAAGCACGGAGCAUAAAAAUCGAAAUUUGAAUCUUGAUGCUUGGAUGAGAAUAAAAAACAACUUUUCUUUGCCUUGUUCAAUCCAAGAUUUAAAAAGGAAGAGGAAUUCCUUAUUGACGCAAUAUAGGCAAUAUAUAAAAAAAAUUAAAGACUCUACUAAAAUAGGCAACGGAGCAGACGUUUACAAACCAUCAUGGUUUGCUUUUGAUACAAUGAACAAUUUCUUGGCAGCUUUAUAUGAUUAUCAUCCAACAGCUUGUAUUGAGGACAGUACUGAUGAAAAGGAUGAAGAACUCGUGCAUAAAUCUUUAUCAAUGGAAUCAAAUAUGGAGAGACCACUUUCUCCUGAACCAAUUAUUAUCAGGCCUAUAGCACCACAUUCAAACAGUAGUAGUGAAUCGGAAUCAUAUCCUAUCAGAAAACGACGGCGCGUAAUGCAAGAUAUACUGAGAAUUAAGGAGCAUAAUGACGAUGAAUACUUUCCCAAUAAAAAAGUAACGGUCGAAUGCGAUUUGUAUGGUCAAUUAUUGGCACAAAAAUUAAAGCCUUUGAAUACAAAUGACAGACUAGUAUUAAUGAAUGAAAUUGAUAACCUCGUAUUCAAAUACGUGAUGAAUAUUAGGAAACGGAAUAGUGAAACUACAAUAUAUGUGCCACCUAUGAAUCCAACCACGGUUCAACCUGGGCCAUCUACUAUGAACACCCAGUCUCCAGAUGUUUCAAAAGAAACAUAAACAUAUCAUAAUAAUAAGAAGUAACAUUAUAUAAUACAGAGUUUCAAAGAGACUCGGACAUGUAAUAUAUAUUUGUAUAAGCAGCUAUAAAAUAUGUACAGUAAGUCUAACGAUGAUUUAUAUGGGUCCUUUGAAUCACUUCGUUAACGCGUUUUGUUAAUCUCUUUUCCCUGUUAUAAAUUAUGUAAUGUUUUAUAAUAAAUAAUACAAUAAAUGAAAUCGUAAUAUUCGUCAAAAUGCAUUAAUAUGGAUUCCAAAUUAAAAAUUUGGUUGAAUUGAUUUAGGCACCAUUAUUUAUUUUAUUUUAAUGUAGUGAAUAAUAUAAGAUUGAAAUGUGAUUUUUUAUGUAUUUUAUUAUUAUAGUAGCUACACGCCCCGGCUUCGCACGGGUGUACAUGUAUUAUAUACAUAAACCUUUCUCUAGAAUCACUCUAUCUAUAAAAAAACAGCUUCAAAAUCCGUUGCGUAAUUUUAAAGAUUUAAGUAUAGGGACAGACAGCGUUAGCCACUUUUUUUAUACUAAGUAAUG